AUGGAAAAGUUGUUUAUCACAAUUGAACGAAGACAAAAGGUGUGGGAUUACGCAUUCCCACUAUCAUUACCAUCAUGGGCUUGUCAUUUUGAUGAUGAUAAUUAUGUAAAUAUUGCGGAAUUGGUACGCGUUUUGAAAAAGCUUGAUCCGAAACAUGACUGGUAUCUGGGAAGGCCAUCAACAAUGGGACCAGUUGGAGUUGAUUCUACUCCUGAAAAAGCAACAUUUUGGUUUGCAACCGGUGGAGCUGGAUUCUGUCUCUCGAAAUCACUUCUUGCAAAAAUGAGUUCGUAUGUCCGUAACGGUGGCUUUGAAGAGCUUGGUGAACUUCUCCGAUUACCUGAUGAUGUUAGCUUGGGUUAUCUUAUUGGUUAG